CUCAAGCAGAAGCAAAAUAAAUCUAUAUUUACAAACACACGACUCCAGUGCUAUUUUUGUUUAUUGCGUAUUAAAUGGGUGUUUUGAUGUAGAUCAAAAACCAAGCCAAACAAACUCAAACCAAAUCGAUUUUUCUUUUAUUUAUUUUAUUUCAAACGAAAAUGUCUGAAAGUGAACGUUCGGAACGAAAUUAUAAGCUGACUACAAAUGUGGGAAAAUUAAAUUUAGACGAAGAAACAGCUGAUGUUGCAUUUAUUUUCGAAAAUGGUGAAGAUAAUGUUGAACGAGUGGUUGCACAUAAAUGUUUAUUGGCUGCUGGCAGCCCAGUGUUUAAGCGAAUGUUUUACGGUGAUUUAAAAGAAGGCACCGAGGUGCCAAUGGUUGAUGUUUCAAUCGAUGGUUUUGCCGCUUUUCUGCAGUAUUUCUAUUUGGAUAUUGUGACAUAUAACAACACUGUCAUUGGCGAAGUCAUGAAGUUAGCUGAUAAAUACGAUGUGGCUGGAUGCAUGGAAUUGUGUACUCGAUACUUGACACUGACUCUGUCAACACAAAAUGUGUGCGGAUGUUAUGAGUUGGCAUUGCUAUUCGAUUUGGGUCAUUUAAUUAGCGUGUGCGAGGAGAAAAUAUGCUUGGAAACGCAAAAGGUGCUCGAGUCCAGCUCAUUUUUAAGCUGCAGCCGUCAUAUUUUAGGUCGAAUUUUGCUAAUGGAUGGUUUGAGUUGCGAUGAAAUCCACGUAUUUCAGGCAUCAAUGAUGUGGGCCAUGGAGGCAUGCAAAAGAGCUGGAAUCGAUGAGAAUAAUGCCGACAAUUUAAAACAACAACUUGGCAAUUGCUUUGAUUUGAUUCGCUUCCCAGCAAUGUCGGCUGAAGACUUUUACACUUGCAUCGCUGACAAAGAGAAUUUAUUGACAUCAAAUGAAAUAAUGGACAUUUUGUCACACUUGACAAUGCACCGUCCGUUAUUGGUAGCAACACGAUUUGAACAAACUGCACGCAAAGGAAUUCCUGCAUGGACAAAAGACGAUAUUCAAAUAUGUGAUCGACGAACAUUGCCAAAUUUGUGUCGCACAGUGGCUGAUUUGCGACAGGAUGUUGUAAUGUUUUCGGUAAAUGAACGAAUUUUAGUGGGUGAAAUUGCAAUUAGCUGUUUCAAAGCUUUACACGAUGAUACCGAUGCCGUCAUCCGAACGGGUGAAUUAUGCAUACGAAAAAUGAAUGAGAGCUCCGGUGAGAAUCCGCAGAAUGCAACAUCAGUACAACGGGGCAGUCAAGAGGAAGGCAGCAGCAUUGAACCGGAUGUUAUUUUACAACAAAGUGUAACCAUAUCAAGUACAUCGUCGACUAAAAUUCAGUUGUCAAAACCGAUUAUCGUUCAACCAUUUCAAUUAUAUGAAAUUGAGAGUAAUUGGGAAUUGGAAGAGGGUGAGGAGUUGACAUUGCGCACAGAAAUGAAUGAUGAGGUGAUGCUUGACGGUGGCGUUCGAUUUCAAUUUAAACGAAAGCCUGAACUUACUUAUGACAAUGUGACCGAAGGUUUAUUAUCACGAUUGUAUUUUAAGCAAUGGUAAGCAAACAUUCCACAUUUAUAAAAAGCAUUUAGAUGUGUCCCUAGUGCAGACAUAGUGUAGCACAUACACACACAGAAAGAAGAAUGAAAUAUCCCACGUAAAAGCAAUAUUCUAGUGAAUUUACCCCAUUUAAUACAUAUACAUAUAUAUAUUUAGAUACACACAAAGACAUCCAAAUUUUAAAGUAAAUUUACUCUUUGUUGGUCCGUAGUACAAUAUGACAUUCCCACAUCUGUGUGAAAAGGCAAGUUUGUAACAUUUCGAAUGAGAUAAAAACAAACAACAAAAAUAAUAAUAAUAAAAAAGCGAGUAUUAUGUAUGUACUGCAAAUAGAUGUUGGCUGUCACAGUAUAUAAUUAUGAUACUCAUAUAUUUAGAGAAUGUAUUAUUUUAAAAUAAAAAGAAAAACUUUGAACAAUAAAUGGAAACCUGACAUACACAAUAAAAUAAAAACC